AUGGGCAUGUUGCCCACCAUCAAAUGCUCCAAUUGUGGGUGCAACGUCGAGAUCUCCUCUAUGGGGGAUCAUACCUGCAUUCGAAAUGAGUUCGUUGCACCUAUCCCAUCACCGCCUUCAUCGGCAGGAUUCGAAUCGGACCGUUUCAUAGAGGCAAAGGUUGGCCGAGGGAGGCCGCCGGCUAUAGACUCCUCCGCUGCAAAUCGAGCAUUCUUGCAGCCCAGUAUGCCGACACCAGUUAACAAUCUCCAUCUACCACCUCUCCCUGCCAGUCCAGUACCUCCAUCUACGGUGCGCCCGUAUCAGCACAGUCUGACCGAUGAUUCGGUCUUCUCAUUCCCCAUGCCUGGAAACAGAUCGCCGACUGAAGUGAGGACACCGAGUCCAAUGACGGAUCGGACUGCGCCUAAACCACGGCCACCACUUUCGUCGCAGGGACAAGGGCUGAGCUUGAUGCCAGAGAAUAUAAAACUUCCACCUAGUCCAAUGCCACCUAUGUCCCCGGAUAAGAACCAUCGCAGGGAGGAGUCGGCGGUGAGCAACAGCAGCUAUCGGACCUCUUUGGCUAGCAGUCGCUACGGCGGUUCUACAACGAGAUCAUCAUCCAACAGCCUUUCGCGUGGUUUCCGGUCGUUUAUGGACGAUACCCCACCGAUGCCACUGGCACCUCUCCGCACCCCCAAUCAAUCCUCUUUCUCCCGUGAUUCCAACCUCUCGGCGGGAUCCCGGAUUAGCAAGGAAGAAGCCAGUGGAUUCGACUUUGGUAUUCCAGAAGCCCAAAGCCCGAUUACCGGACUAGAUGAUCUCCCGGAGGAACCUCCUUCGUCCAAAUUCCAGGAUAAUACCAAAUAUGUCGCUUUCAAUCCUGCGAACCUCCACCCUGCGGCAGCGACGACAGAGCUAGGUAACGAUGCACCAAGGAAAAGCUCUAACGCGAGUACGACGAGUGCAUUUUCCGUCACUAGUUUCGCUCGAGCUCUCGGUCUGGAAGAGCAAAUGAAUCACUCUGAAAGCUCUGGCUCCGAUUCAUCUCCUUCCGAUGCCCGCAGUGGUAGUUCCAUGUCCAGUGUUCCUUCCGAUGUCAGCUUGAACCGACACAAACCCUCCGAUCCGCUAAAUCUGUCACCCUUGGUUGAAGAACUGCCCGCUCGGACCCGAGAGACUGUUCUAGAAAUACCUGGCAGUAUACCGAGCACCAUGGGCGAUGUCCCUCUUAUUCCGGCUGCUUUCUUCAGCCCGGAUUCACCCACCGACCCUUCAAUCAACCGAGAUGGCUUGUCGUUGAUUGCAGAGAGGAAACAUGUGCCUCCGACUUCGCUCCCAGCACAACCCAAGCAAUCGAUCCCCCGGAAGCCACCAGCACAACGCUCAUUUACAGCACCCGUACCACAAGCACAGCCACAAACGCCACCGACACCCACCCGGUCCGUGACACGUUCGAAGGGAAAGUGUAAAGGCUGCAAUGAGAUAAUCACAGGAAAAUCGAUAUCAUCCUCGGACGGACGUCUCACAGGUCGAUACCAUCGUGGCUGUUUCGUUUGCUUUGAGUGCCACUCUCCUUUCCAAACGGUCGAUUUCUACGUCCUCAACAAUCGACCCUUCUGCGCGCAGCACUACCACGAGCGCAACGGGUCCCUUUGCGCCGGUUGUCACACCGGCAUCGAGGGUCACUACUUGGAGACCGUCGAGCGGAACCCUGCACGGUCUGAUCGCCGUCGAUUCCACACCCAGUGCUUGCAGUGUCGUACAUGUCAUAUCCUUCUCAAGGGCGACUACUUCGAGUGGAAUGGCGAAGUCUUCUGCGAAAGAGAUGCUCGCCGAGCCGCUGCUGCCUCCCACCCGCCACCCCCUGGUCCUCCUGGUCCUCCUGGUCGUCUCCGCCCCACACUACCUCCAUCUCCCCUGGCCCAGUACCCACCAGGCCCAUACCAUACGCCUGGUGGAAGACACGGACCUGGAUAUGGGCCUGGGCCUGGGCCCGGACUCCACCCCGGUGCCCCAUUCCCCCCUGGUGGUGGAGGACGAUUCCCCGAACGACGGACUACUAAGCUUAUGAUGACUUGA